AGUCGUCUUUUAAACGUUGAACGCUCAAUUUGAUAAUCUUCAACACUAGACUAACUAAACAAAUACAAUAACAAUGACGACAUCGGUGAUAAAUUUUACACAUUUUUUAUGGAUCUUUUUAAGUCUUAUACCAUGUUACUGGACAUAUGAAGUGCCUACAGCCACAAUUAAAGUUUUCUAUCCCAAAGGCUUUGAGGUGUCUAUACCACAUGAAGAGGGCAUAACAUUGUUCGCCUUUCAUGGCAAAUUAAAUGAAGAGAUGGAAGGUUUGGAGGCAGGAACUUGGGCUGUUGAUAUUAUUAAACCUAAAAAUGGACGCUGGAUAUUUAGAGACCGCAAUACUCAGCUUAAGUUUGGUGAUACCUUGUACUACUGGACCUAUGUUAUCUACAACGGUUUGGGCUAUCGUGAAGACAAUGGUGUGUAUGUAGUGCAGCAGUAUGAUAAUACAACAACAACUUCUACUGCUGUAACGGGUAUACCAACAAAAACCACACCCUCGUUAACAACUAAUAGGCAAUGUAGUUCAGCGGUGACCAUAGCUAAUGGAGCUCCAGUACUUUGCGGUGGUCAAAUUAUAUUUAAUGAAAACUUCGAUGGUCAUAGCUUAGAUUCUAAACACUGGUCCCUUGAGAGACGUAUACCGCAACAACCCGACUAUGAAUUCAAUAUGUAUCUGGAUGAUGUAGCCGAUGUUUUGCAAGUACAAAAUGGUAUAUUGACCAUUAAACCCAAACCCACUAGUCAACAUUAUCAUGCUGAUGUUCUUCGGAAAACAUUUUCGUUGGGUUCAAAAUGCACCGGUAAAUUGGAUACAGAUGAGUGUGUGUUUCAUCCUAAAACGCAAAAUAAAUUGAACCCCUUGAUAACAGCUCAAAUCAACACCAAAGGUAAAUUUUCUUUUAAAUAUGGCAGAGUAGAGAUAAAAGCUAAAGUGCCUGGAGCCAUGUGGGUGUAUCCACAACUAUGGCUAGAGCCCUCUAAGCACACUUACGGUACGAGUGAAUAUCAUUCGGGUCAAAUGCGUGUAGCUCAUACUAUAGCCAAUGGAGACGAUAUAAUGCUGCAAGGUGGUUUGAUCCUAAAUGCCAAUGAACCCUGGCGUUCGGCAAAAAUGUGUGAAUAUCAAUUAAAACAUCUUAAUCUGACGCAUGACUUUCAUUUAUACGAAUUAAACUGGACACCAGAUUCAAUCACUGUAGCAGUUGAUGGUCAAGAAUAUUGUUGCAUCAAAAUAACCGAUGAAAAAGAUGCCUUUAAAAAUAUGCAAUUAAAUAAUCAGAAUUUACCAAAUCAGGAUCUUUUGAAUGGUGGUUCCAAUUGGGCUCCUUUUGAUGAGGAAUUCUAUUUGACUUUGGGCUAUGGCAUUGGUGGUAAUAAUGACUUUAAGGAUGAAUUACAUUGGAUAGAGGAAAAGCCCUGGCCUAAUACUGAUCCUCGUUCGAAGAAUAAAUUUUGGAAGAAAAUUUCUCAAAAUUUGAAUUGGUUAAAUAAUGGUGAUUUGCGAGUGGAUUAUGUUAAAGUAUAUGCCGUGUGAUUAAUAUAAAAUUUUGUUAAUUGAUUUUUUUUUACAUAUUUUUUCUAAUAAAAAAAAAUAUCAAAUAAAAA